UUCAAGAUGGCGGCCACCGGAGGAAGCCACCUAUCGAAUGGUCGAGUUAAUGUGGGCUUGCUGCGCGAAUGCGCGAGAAGGGAACUUCUUCAGUGCUUGAAUAAACAGCCUGGAUCUAAGGCUCUGGUUUGGGACGACAAGCUUACUGGGCCGUUUGGUUUGAUUGCUGAAUACAAGCUAUUAAAGGAACAUGAAGUUGAAGUCAUGUUCCCUCUUCGUCCUGGGCGCUUACCUCCAUCACAAGUGCAUAACAUUAUAUUUAUCACAAGACCUAAACCCUCAUUGAUGGACAUAAUUGCUGAUAAUGUCCUAAGUGAGGAAGGCAAGACUGAAAGCAAGAAAAAAGAGUUCACCAUCCUUUUUGUUCCAAGAAAGACUUUGUUAUGUCAAAGGAAACUUGAGGAAUGGAAGGUAUCUUUUAUCAACAUCGAUGAAUAUCCUCUAGAGCUUAUACCAUUGGACAGUGAUGUCUUGUCACUUGAGAUGGAGUCCAGCUUCAAGGAGUGUUACCUGGAAAAUGACUCCACAUCAUUAUUUUAUGUUGCCAACUCCUUGAUGACACUUCAAACAUUGUAUGGCACAAUCCCUAAGAUUUAUGCAAAGGGAGAUAUGUCAAAGCUAGUCUUAGACAUGAUGAUGCGCAAGAAACGAGAGGCAGCUGAUGCAGAAAACCAAGUCUCACCCCAAAUCGACACACUUCUGUUAAUUGAUCGUAACAUUGACUUACUCACUCCAUUAUUUACUCAACUUACCUAUGAAGGACUGAUAGAUGAACUAUAUGGAAUACACCACACCACAGCAAAGUUUCCACCCGAGAGAUUCCCUCAAACUGAAGAGAAAGGACCUGGAGGACUUCAACAACAACAACCCACUGGACCUAAGAAAGUUGUUUUAAACUCCAGUGAUGAGUUGUUCUAUGAUAUUCGAGAUCUAAAUUUCUCUGCUGUGGGAAUUCACUUGAGCAGGAAAGCCAAGCAGAUUAGUGCUGCCUUUGAGGAGCACAAAAGUGCCAAAACAGUGGGUGAAAUGAAACAGUAUGUUCAGAGGAUUCCAUUUAUGCAAAGAGCAAAAGCUUCUCUUGCAACUCAUACGACCAUAGCAGAGAUGGUCAAGGAACAAACUGAUUCUGAAGAGUUCAGAGAACGUAUUCAAGUUGAACAAGGUUUGUGUUUAUCAAAAGUGAUUUAUGAUAACUGGUGCCUUUCUCAUGAUCAUUGCUGCUUACCACAACAUUAAAGUAGUUCCAUCUUUACAUUAUUGAGACUGUCUUUACAUUAUUAAGACACAGUCUAUAGUGAUGUGUCUUUUGCUGUGCCUGCGAUCCAGUAGAGGGAAGCGUGGAUGCACUGAGCCAGUGUCUAAAUGAGAUU